CCUUACACAAUAAAUGAAUCGCACAUGGUAAAUGUGGUAAAUUAAAUUUCUGAAAAGUGUUAUAGAGAAAUAUAUUUUAUAAAGUUCAAUUUAAUAAUUAACAAUAGUUAUAAAGCUAGUUGCAUUUAGUGAGUGUUCAAUUACAUAAUUUUAUAUUGUGAAAUAUAUAAAAAUGAUUGAAAAUUUAAAGAAACGCAAAGUUUCAAAAAAGACUAAAAAAUCAUGGAGAAAGAAUGUAGAUAUAAAAGAUGUUGAUAAGUUUUUGGAUAACAAACGUCUGGAAGAACGUCUUGGUGCUCCAUUUUCUGAGAGGGCAGAUUCUGAACUUUUCUCAAUUGAUAAAAGUCGGGACGAAACCUUGCUUGUCAGUAAACUUGAACGCAGAGCCCAAUUGAAAGUAAAAGAACCUAGAUGUUUUGCUAUUUUAAAGCCCCACACGGCAGUUUCAGAUCCAAUUACUAAAAGAAAUCGCGUAAAAACUCCCGAAGAACGGAAAAAUCCUAUUAGAAGAAAAAUCGAGAACGCAAUGAAAAAGAAUGGAAUUUUGAAAUUAAGAGAACGAAUUUCUUUAAAGGACAGAUCCAUUGCCAAGGAAAAAAGAAAUAAACGAUAUAAACGUGGAGAAUUCAAAGAAGAUAUCUGGAACAAGGAGCAAAAUGUUCCCGCUGAACUGAAUAGUGGUUGGUUUACUUCCGAUACUAUUAGACAUACGUUAGCAAAUACCGGAAGAAAGAGGAAACGUGUUCCAGAAAGUUUGAUUAAAAAAACUUCAGCUUUACCUGCUGUACAAGUUCCACAUCCAGGAACCUCUUAUAAUCCCUCUUUUAAUGAUCAUCAAGAUUUAUUAAGGGAAGUUGCAGAAAAGCAGCUUCAAUUUGAAAAGGAAGAAGCACAUUUGAAUAGGGUUACGAAUCAAAUGUUUAAAAAGAUUUCAUCACAGGAAAAAGAUCGAAAUACCUUGAAGGAAAUGUCUGAAGGUUUACCAUUAAAUUUGCCAGUUGAAAAUUCAGAAAAUCAUGGAGAUGAAGAUGCAACAGUGAAAUCUGUGAAUCCUCCAACGAAAAACGAAAAGAAAACUUUACAAAAAAGACGAAAGCAAAAAGAAGAACGUCAAAUGAAAUUACAGCGUAAACAUAAUAAAAUUGAGAAGAAAAAGGUCGCCGACAUCUACAAAUUAAAACUUAUUCAUAAGCAGAUGGAAAGUAAGGAGAAAGAAGAAAAGUUGACGAAAGAAAGACGUGAAGCUAUUAAAGAAAAGCAAUCUGUAGAACCGAAAGUUUUAAGUAGAAUAAAGUUUGAAGCUUCAGAACCAGAUUUUAAACUUGGUGCAGAACUUUCUGGAAAUUUGAGAAACGCAGAACCUGUAGGAAGUUUAUUAAAGGAUCGAUUCAAAUCAUUACAGCAAAGAAAUAUAGUUGCACCUGGAGCUUUAGUGUUGAAACAUACAAAGCCAAAUGUGAAGAGAUACAUCAAAGCGGAUCACAAAAUAAAUUGUUCAGCUAAAUAAAAACAUUUUUGUACACAUUACUUAUAAAGAAAACUACUUUUUCCAAGAAUUAAAGGCGAAUUAUUUUUAUUUUCAAAUCCUCAAAAGACUAAAAGAUUCUGAUUUAUUCUGAAUUAAUUGAUUCAUCAAAUUAUGCAAUAAUUGGUCAUAAGUAAUUGUAUUCUCAAUUUUGUCACUUGAUUUAGAUAACUAGAAAAAUAUAUUUGUAUUUAUUAUUUUUGAAUAGAUACCUAAUUUUUAUUAACUAAUAAUUACUUUUAUGGCAGUGGAAACGGUAAAUAUGAUGUCGUUCAAAAUUUGUUUUAAUUUAUUGACUUUCAAUCUUGAUUCUCUUUCUUUAUUUGAGGCAAAAUUUAUUUUCACUUGUAUAUGAUGUAAAAUGACAUGUAAUUGUCUUCUUUGAAAAUCCAAAUUCUCCUCUGCCUUUAAUUUUUCAAAAAAUUCUUUUUGCUUUUCAUGUGAGCGAGAAAUACUAUUUUUUGAGCUGUUUAAUGUUUUUUUCAAUUUUGUUUUUUGAGAAUUUAGUAUUGAAAGCAAAUUUUCUUGAAUUUUACAAGUGAUUAAUCUAAACAAUGUUUGCCUUUGAUUUUCUUUUAAUUGAUGUUUACACAUUUCUGAUGCAUAUCUGUAGUUAAAAUUAAAAAACAUUUGUAUUGAAGUUAAAUAUUUAAAAUCAUUUACAAACUUUGUUUUUUGGAAAUAAAAAAAGGCCCAAUCAAUGUGUAGGGUUAAAUUUGAACUUUAA